GCCGUCUCGGCUUUUUAUGUGGCAAAGCAUGCAAAUUUUCUGGAUUGUCUCGUCGAAGGUGCGGACGUUGCAGAGGUUCUCUCCCCUCUCUAUUGGUUCGCGGUCGUAAGUUGUCGAUCCAGCGGCGAGGUAUAAAUUGGUGGGGCAGGAGAUUUUGUCUAUUCAUUCUUUCAUCCAUUUUGCCGUUUGUAUAACGCUAAUCAAUCGACUACUGCAAGAUGUCUGGACGUGGUAAAGGAGGCAAGGCACGCUCCAAGGCUAAGAGCCGUUCAUCCCGAGCGGGUCUACAGUUCCCAGUUGGCCGCGUCCAUCGCUUCUUGCGAAAGGGAAACUACUCCGAGCGCGUUGGUGCCGGCGCCCCGGUGUACCUGGCGGCCGUGUUGGAGUACCUGACCGCCGAGAUCCUCGAGCUGGCUGGUAACGCUGCCCGCGACAACAAGAAGACCAGGAUCAUCCCCCGUCACCUUCAACUGGCCGUCCGCAACGACGAGGAGUUGAACAAGCUGAUGUCCGGCGUCACUAUUGCACAGGGCGGUGUUCUCCCCAACAUCCACUCCGUGCUUCUACCCAAGAAGACCGGCAAGGCCCAGUAGAUUCAAGACGGAGACCGAAAACCCCGGCCCUUUUCAGGGCCACCCACAUCCUUUCGAAAGACCUGUAUCAUAUUCGCAUAAAACUACACACUACAUCUACACCAUACACUGCAUCUAGGUCAAUCGCGCAUUACAUCUACCAUUCCAUGGUAGCAAACACAUUUUUGACAACCUUACGCAUGUUAUACGCCUGAGCAGAACAAGGUGGUACUUGCGAAAGAAAUGAGCGCAGUGCCAGUGGUUCGUUU